ACAGCAACAAACAAUUGCUAGACCAACAUGGAAGAGAAAUAACCAAGUGAUACAAUUACAAAACGGUUCUUACGAAGAACAUAAAGUUUCUGAAUAUUUUUACAAAUUAACGGUAUUCAACUUCGAUGAAGAAGAUGAAGGAACGUAUAUUUUAGAAUGCAAUUCGGUAUAUGUCAUGGAAUCAGUGCAACUUUAUAUUCAAGAACGACCAAGUUACCCAAUACUCGGCCCAAUGCCCCCUGACUUUAACACAACAGGAUGCAUUUAUGUUUAUAAUGGCUCUGACGUGUAUUGCAAAACUGAAAAUGGAACCGAACCCGUACACGUCGCACUUUUAAUUGGCCAUGAUUCAUUUGUUCUUACUGAAAGCAAAGGAAACAAAGGGUUGUACAUAUUUAGUAACGUUCAUCAACAAAUGGCUGGACUGUCGAGACGAAAUGUGACGUGCCAAGUUUCAAAUGCAGCCCUUGAAACACCUUACGAAGUGCACGGAAUUCUAUGUAACGUGGAAAAAGGAAGCCCGCCCGUGCUAGCAGUUCCUGAAUUUCUCGUUGGAGAGAGCUCGACAGCAGUAUGUGAAGUGCGCGAUGCUAUCCCAGCUCCGGCAAUAGAAAUGCACGUUGGCGCAGUAUUGCUAGCUGAUGUUCAACAAACUGAUUCUUUUAAUACAUCUUCUAAUACUUUUACAAGUCGAGCAAAGGCGAAAAAGAUUAACAAAUCGUGGAAUGGAAAUGAAAUGUGUUGCAUGAGGCAAAGCAGAGAUUAUCUUGGUUUAAAAGCUGUGUCAACAUGCACAAAUAUCAAUAUGAAAUUUCCGCCGUUAGACCUUUCCAUAACUGCAAACAAAAUACACGAGUAUAGCAAAAAUGUUUCUGUAUGUUUCUUAAACAUUUCUUGUGAAACGAAUGAAUCAAAUCCGCCUUGCAGAAUUGAAUGGUCAAGCGACAACGAUAAUAUAACAAUCGUUCAAAGCAACAACUGGACGAAUGGUGGAAAUGGGAGUUACCGUUCUGUAUCCAACGUGCUGUACACUGUCACUGAGGACAUGGCUGAGGGAACAAUAUCAUGCGCAACAAAAUGUGACCAUUUCCCAUCGAAUUUAAAUAAAGACUAUAAAAUAUUUUUUUCAGGAAAGAAAUGCCAGGACAAUGACGUUCAGACGUUUUCUUCAAUAUUUCGAAAUCCUGUCACGAAUCUUCUAAUUGGAACAGGUGUUUUCUGUGGACUCUGCAUCGUGUUUGCAAUUGGAAGAUAUAUAUUUCUUAAACGGCUAAAGGUCAACGCAAUCAACACCGUUGAAAUUGUUGAAAAUCACAGCGACACCUCGUCGGAAAAUGACGUGAUACACAUAUCAACGGAAGGUGUCCGGUAUGCAGUCGUACAGAGGCAGCCUGGCACACAGAGGAUUGAAACACAGCAACCACAUAAUGAUGACAGUCUAACGUACGCCGAGUUAGACAUCAAUUACCUACAGGAAGCUCACGCUAGAGUUCCGUCAAGGAGAAACGAUACGCGGACGGAGUAUGCUGACAUUGAGUUUCACUCAACACAGACACCUGCUGUAGAAGAUCCUGUGUACGACAAUGCAUCAACGAAGAUCUAG